UGCAGGCGCUGCUCCUCUCCACUCGUCCCCUCCUUUCUCCUCAGUGUGUCGCUUGUCGCACUGUACUCAGUGUCGCACGGAGCGACAAGCAUCACGCGUCAAACACGCACCCGGUCUCCCCUCAGCGCCGUGCAUUACUCCCUGCGAGACGUACCAUGGGGGCAGCGUGGACCAAGACGAAGAGGCCACCACUGGCUCUCACCAAAGAAAACGUGGAUGAUUUCAUGCAGCAAUUUGAUACAAUAGUGUCCGAUUGCGAUGGUGUUUUAUGGACACCACUCCGAGGAAUUCCCCACGUUAAGGAAGGAUUGGAAAGCCUGAGAGCAGCAGGGAAAAAAAUACUUUUCGUUACAAACAAUUCUGUUAUACCCCCAUUCAGAAAGUUUGAGAGACUUGGGUUCGCGGUUCAAAAGAAUGAGGUGGUCUAUCCAGCAAUCGCCAUCGGUCGAUAUUUAGAAAAAAUAGGAUUCAAGAAAAAGGCGUUUGUGUUGGGUGUGGAGCACUUUAAGGAUGAGCUACGGUCUCGGGGUGUUGCCGUUGUACCAGAUAAAAGGACUUCAGAUCUUAUGGAGGAAGACUUAGGCGCCAUGCUCAGAGCCAUUCACGAAGAUACUGAUAUCGGAGCUGUCAUUGUCGACCUGGACGUGAAUCUCACCUUCAUGGACCUCGUAAAGGCUACCAACCACCUCAAAAGACCAGACUGCAUGUUUCUAGUUGGGGCCACAGAUAGUUUUGUCACCUUCGACGAGGGAAAGAUCUUGCUCGGGCCAGGACAUUUUAUACGCACACUUGAAGAAUGCAGUGGCCGAAAAGCGGAGCUCAUUGGAAAACCAGGACCCAUGAUGGUCAGCGAGUACCUUCAGGAGAUCCACAAUCUAAACAUGGACAGGACCAUUUUCAUGGGCGACUCGCUGGUUCAAGAUAUGGGCGUUGCCAACGCGUGUGGAAUGAAAAAGCUACUCGUUCUGUCGGGCAUGACACAGCUGAAAGACUUGGAGACCUGUGAUCCGGAACUGUUACCCGACUAUUACAUCGAUUCAAUCGGUGACUUGCCCGCCUUAUUAGGUCAGAGGGGGGCGUAACACGACGUGCCUCCCCACACAACGGAGUUUCUUCAAGUUUCUUUUCUAUUCCUUAUUAUUUUUUUUCACAAUUGUUAGGAGAAGCAACACCAUUUCCAUUGUGUUUGUUGACAUAUAGGCAAAAUGGAAACAAAGUUUGACAGCUACCUGAAUUAUAUGAAACAAUCGAAGCAAAA